UAUAAAAUCACACAUUAGGAAUGAUUUUUUAAGCAAGCUGAUAUAAAAUCAAAUCAACACCAAAUAGAGUUACCAUUUCCACUAACAAAUUGUUAGAAACAAUUUUCUGAAACAAUAGCAUCAUGGGAUCUGAAACUAAGUCUCAAAUAAUUCCUGUCGUUGACUUCUCCAACCAAAACAUGAAACCUGGUACCAACACAUGGCUCUCAGCUUGCAAUGUUGUGAGGACUUCACUAGAAAACUAUGGUUGUUUCGUAGCAAAAUAUGAUAAAGUUGGCAAAGAACUUUGCAACUCUGUUGUGUCUUCAAUUGAAGAAUUAUUUUGUCUCCCUUUGGAAACAAAAAAGCAAAAAACAAGUGAUAGGCCUUUUCAUGGUUACAUAGGACAAGUCUCGUGGCUUCCAUUAUAUGAAUCUAUGGCCAUUGAAGAUCCAUUAACUAUGCUUGAAUGUCAAAAAUUUGCCCAAAUCAUGUGGCCUCAAGGAAAUCAUGGUUUCUGUGAUAUCAUGAAUGAGUACUCUAAGCUAUUGGGAGAAUUAGACCAUAUAGCAAAGAGGAUGGUGUUUGAAAGCUAUGGUGUGGAUAUGAAAAUAUGUGAUUCAUUGAUAGAAUCAAGCAAUUAUCUCCUUCGAUGCUUAAAAUACAGACCACGUGAGAUAGAUGAGAAUGAUAUAGGAUUGCAACCUCACUCUGACUUAACCAUUAUAUCAGUAGUUCAUCAGCUCAAUAAUCUAAAUGGUUUGGAAAUCAAAUUAAAGAAUGGAGAUUGGAUUGGGAUUCAUGCCUCACCCUCUUCCUUUGUUGUCAUGGCAGGUGAUGCAUUCAAGGUGUUGAGUAAUGGAAGAAUAAGUACAUGUGAACAUAGAGUUAUAAUGAAUGAAAAGAAAACAAGAUACUCAACGGGACUAUUUUCUUUUGGUAAUAAGAUAAUGGAUAUACCAAAAGAGCUUAUCAAUGAGGAACAUCCAUUGUGUUACAAACCAACAUUUGACAAUUAUGAUUAUCUUCGUUUCUAUGAGAAAGAAAGAAUCAACGAACCUACUACACGAAUUGAAGCAUAUUGUGGGAUUAAUUUGAAGCCUACACCAAUAUGAAAGAAUAAGAAAAAAUUGUGUAUAAAUAAGAAAUUAUAAACCAAAAUAUAAGAAAUUUGAAGCAUGUGGGAUUGGAUAGUAUCAUAGAGGUUUUGGGUUCGAUCUUCAACUGCAAUGUAAACGGAAAAAAAAAUUAUAGAUUUGCUACAUGUGUUAUUUCAGUUUCGUUUUAUAUAUUAAUUAUAUUAAUGUGUGGCAACUAUAUUGUAAACUAUGUAUUUGAUGAAUAAUUUAACUAAAGUUUGUGGCAUGUACAAAUAACAUAAUGUAU